GCAUCCCUAUCUCACUAUAAUCUGGUUCACGCGGCUUUGUUUUACUACGCUUUUAAAUCUGCCCAGGAUUUGUUAUUAUAGUGCUUGAACUGUGUAGUAAAUUACGCCGCUCGUAAAUUUGUUUGACCGUAUCGAGGCGUUGCGUCUUUGCGGUGGAGGGAUUUUUUGUACCGCUGUAUUCAUGGUGAGAAUUUUAGACUGCUAGUACUGGAUACAGACCGUGACGUCACUUGGAUGACCGUGGCCACCAUGACAGUGGAACCGAAAAAUUCUUCCUGAAAUUCAAAGACUUCUGGAGAGAAGCUGUGGACAUAGACAAGCCCCACUCUACACCCCCGGUCAAGGAAGAAAUAUUCUCCUCCAUCAUGCAGUGCUUGAUCUCGCAUGAAAUAAUUGGCAAUUGAAUUUUAUGAUUGUGAACAAACCUCACUAUAGACAGAUGACUAUUUGCCCGUGAGAUUUGAUUGGUUGGUUUAAAUUGAAGUAGGCAUCAUGGGAGGCGGAAAGUUCGCGCCGACAGAGAAGAAAAGGGAAGGCACCAAGUUGAUCGAGGGGAAGGAAGGGACAGAACCCAGUGACGACCCUGAUUACAUUCCUCCCCCUGACGGAGGAUGGGGUUGGAUGGUUGUCUUCUCCUCCUUCCUCAUCCACGUGGUUGCUGAUGGCGUCGUGUACUCGUUUGGGGUUUUCCUCAUGGAGUUUGUCGAUUACUUCCAGGCCGGGCGGGGCGCUGCGUCGUGGAUUGGCUCCCUUCAGCCCGCGGUCACCUUUACUGUUGGGCCCCUGUCCAGUGCAUUGACCAAUCGCUAUGGCUGUAGACCAGUGACCAUAGCUGGAGCCAUCAUAGCAGGAGCUGGCUUCAUACUCAGCGCCUGGGCGCCGAACCUCUACUACCUCUACUUCACGGCUGGCAUAAUGGCAGGUGUUGGCUUCGGUCUGAUCUACCUGCCCGCUAUUGUGUGUGUGGCCCAGUACUUUGAAAAGAGGCGCUCGUUCGCCACUGGCCUGGCAGUGUGUGGGUCAGGGUUCGGAACCUUCAUCCUCGCCCCCGUCACAGAAAUAUUAGUGCAUGAGUACCAGUGGAGUGGGGCUAUGUUGAUCCUUGGUGGCAUUAUUCUCAAUGUUAUAGCCUGUGGAAUCAUAUUCCGCCCGCUUGAGGCCCCGUUCCCUGAAACUGGGAAGAAUUUACCUGGGAGUGAAAGCGAGGCGUUAAUUCCGGAUAUUUCAGAUAGUUUGAAUGACACUACCAAGAACAGUGUGGCUGUUGAGGAGAUAGAGCUGAUAGUGGAUAAAAACUUUAGCACAGCUCAACAAGCUGGGGACGGAGAAUUUAAAGAGAAGGAUGGACAACUCUCAGCUGAUGAAGGCUUGCAGCUGAUUGCCAACUUGCAGAAGAAAAAUGCCCUGCCAAGUGGGACGCCUAAGUUUAUAAAUAACACAAAAACAAACCAAGCUAAAGAACAUUCUCUUUCGUUAAGCUUACCCAACAAGAACGCCCUGAACAAUAGUUUAGCCCGUAAUAUUUCAACCAACAACACAAAAGACGAGCCAGUCAGUGACAGUGAGAGCCAGCCAGAGACCACAUCAACAGAUGUCACAAGCUCUUUAAAUACUUCCCAACCAACAGACUCUUCCAAAGUAAAAAUAUACACCGAGGUCAACGGAGUCUCCAAGAACAGAGGGACAAAAGAAGGGAAUAACAUUGUCUACCUGAGUGUCAGUCAGUGCAUCACAGGUAACAGUGACUUCGCUGACAACCCUGCGGCCAUGGCUUGUUCCGACAGUGCCUUAAACCGACAGCUGCCGUCACACGACAGCGAAGGUACGGCAGUCAAACGACGAUCCAAACGGCUUAGCGAAUCAUCCACAUCAUCACACCUGGCGCCUCUCAGCCGCAAGGACAUCUUCUACAGUGGCAGCCUGCAGAACAUCCCCAUGUACAGGUCCCACCCUGAUGUCUACAAAACCACAGUCACCUCAACCUCAGAGAAACAAGAGACUGAGCUGGACAGUUCCAAAGAAAAAGGGGGCUUUGCCGUCCUCAGUGAAUUCAGACGCACAAUGAAGGACAUGUUGUCACUGUCUUUGUUGAAAAACCCUGUCUUUCUCAUGUUUGCUGUCUCCAACUUCUUCACUAGCAUAGGAUUCAAUAUGCCUUUUAUUUUUCUCCCUGACAGAGCAAAGUUGGCUGGAAUCGAUGCAGAUAAAGCCGCUCUGUUGUUGUCUGUGAUUGGCAUAGCUAACACAGCUGGCAGGGUCAUCUUUGGUUUCCUUUCCGACCGACCUUGGGUCAAUCGUCUGUUCCUCUACAACACGGCCUUGACCAUCUGUGGCGCCGCUACGGCCCUGAGCCCGGUCCUGGGUGGUACCUAUGGGCUUCUAGUGGCCUAUGCAGCAGUGUUUGGUGUCUUUAUUGGUGUGUAUGUGUCUCUGACAUCAGUUGUGUUGGUUGACUUGUUAGGCCUGGAUUUCUUGACCAACUCAUUUGGUCUUUUGCUGCUUUUCCAAGGGGCAGCAACUUUUAUUGGCCCACCUAUUGCAGGUUGGCUGUGUGACUGGACAGGAAGUUAUGAUAUUUCUUUUAUUGUGAUGGGGAUCCUGAUAGCACUCAGUGGAUGUAUGCUGUAUCUCUUGCCCCUGGUCCAGCGCCACUGUGAAAAUAAAAUUACAAAAGAUCGUCUCGCACAUGACGUAGAGAUGGGCAAACAUCCUGUUACAGACAAAGAGACAAUGAUUGGUAUAGAAAUGACUUCUAAUUCUGAAAGUUGAAAACAAAAAGAUUAUUAAUAGUUACUUAAGUAAAGAUACUUCUAGGUUAUAUACAUUUUUAUUUUUUUUGCAUCAAGUUUUUGCAAAAACUAAAAAUACUAUGAGGAUUUUUUUUUUGUCUUUAAAUGUUUCAUGUCCAAUUAUAUUAAACUGUCUUAGAUUACUGAAAGUAUAAUCAUAUGCAGUUAUGGUCAAUAAAGUGAGAGUAGUCAAUGUUGUUACUUUUUAAACGCAAUGAAAGGACUUGUACUGUUGUUAUAUGAGGGAUGGAAGUGGGCAUUAGUCUGAGUAAUAUUAAGCAUUUAGUAUUUUACCAGGUUAUCAUGAAACAAAGUUAAAGGGGAGAGAAGCAGCCAUGCUACACAUGUUAAAUAUCACUCUUCUGUUCUGGUGUUAAAAAACAUGGACCUUAGUGUUACUACUGAUAUUUGCUUUCCCUUUAUUAUUUGCUGAUAUAGCUAACAAAAAAAAUUAAACAAAGCUACUAAUAAUAUUAAAAUAAAGUUAUUUUUUUGUUUACCUCUAUGAGUGUUAGCAAAAAAAAACCUAAAUCAAACAGGGAAUAUUGUUUAUUAUAAUGCCUUAUGUAAAGUGACCUUUACUUUUGAUAUUUUCUAAAAAUACAACUACUUCCUGCUUUGAUUCAUCUAUAUUAUCAUACAAGCAGAUAAUAAUUCACUAUUACAAUUUCACAAUUAUUUUACUAGAGCAGAAAAAGCAUUUUAGUAGUAGUUUUAUUUUAAUUUAAUGAUUUUUUAUUACCUUAAAAUAAAAACCUGAGUAGUCCUGUUUUAAACAUGGCAUAUUAUUUUGUUUUAAAAUGUAUAAAGAUCACUAAGUUCAUUUGUCCUGAGUUUUAUCCCGAGAUCCCUUGCAUUCAUAAUGCAUUUACAACCUAUUUGAAAUAGUAUUGAUUUAUUUGGGGAAAAAAUAAGUUAAUUAAGUUUAGCCAGAUUUUCGUUGGUUAGAAUAUCUUAACCUUUUUUAUUUGCUGAAUUACUUUAACCAAAAACUCUAUUGGUUGAAAUAAUUUUUGCCAAGAUUUUCUUUAUAAUAAUAUGGAGACAUGAUUUUACUGCCUUUUUAAUCAAGUGUAUUUUACUUUUACAUUUUUGAUAUUUUGCUGGAACAAACAUUAAAAGAACACAAUUUUUACAACUUGUAAGCAUUAUGUUCAAAUAAUUAUGUAUGGAACUAUUGUUAAUUGAUCAACUCAACUGUUUUAGCAAAAAUUACCAUACAAGUAAAACAACUAGUCAAGCAUCUUCAUCACCAUUUUUAAUAAACAGACUUCCGGUUUAAAAUAUAUUGAUUUAUUAUAUGCAUAUAAUCAAAUACACACAAAAUUAUCUUUCUUUACAUUUUAAAAUAUCAGUUUUUAAUAAAAGUAGCUUUAUAUGGUUUUAAAACGCAGUCUUAUUAAAUGUUCUUUUUUAAAAUAUCUACAUUAUGAGAGGUUUGUUCUGUUUUUAUCUCACGAAAUAAUUUACAAUUUUUAUAAUGGUAUAAAUAUGUAUGGUUCAGUAUGAAAAAAAACAUGUCCAUUGUCAAUGUAAUUCUGUUGCCUCAUUGUGUCAUUUAGUAUUUUAUGGGAAUUUGCUCAGUCAUAUUUGUGAAAUUUAUAUUAAUGCCUAUAGAAAUUAAAUUUUGUAUCAGUACAGUUUUAUAAGUCUGUCAUUCAAUUUAUUCAUUUUUAAAAUGGUUUACACUUUUCAAAAAAUGUGUAAAUGGACAAGAUGCACAAAUCUUUACUUUUAGUGAUGGCUAGUACAGGACUUUGUGACAGGUUGAAUUUAUUUCUGAGAAGUUUCUUAAGAUGGUAAGUUUGAAAGAAUUUGUUUUUAAACUAACCAUCAAAAUAAAUUUUAAAAAACAUACAUAAGGUGGGGUGUAGUGGGGGGGG